UCCUGGGCGGGAGCCGCCGCAUCCUUUAGGGGAGUGGGCCCGGGCCGGGUGAAGAGCCCUGGGGAGGGCGUGCUCGGGUUCCGGCCCGGCCUCAUUGACGGAAAGAAACCAGCCUGUUCUCUCCCGACACUGUGUCCUCUGUCGCUGCCACGCGGGGAUGGAACUGGGGGAUGGGACUGGCAGAGGUAGCUGCAAUGAAGUCUCCGCUCAUACGAAGUUUACCCACUGGGCUUUGGGGACCGUGGUCAGUGGCUUAGGCCAAAAGUUGGAUUUAUUCGUUCAUCUCCCAGAAAUCUCAUCUAUGUUCUUUCUUCAUUCACUCAUCCCUCAAUUCUACUCUAAGCCGGGACCCAUUGGACACCAUGAAGCUGCUGCCAGUCUUGGGGCCUGGAGACAAGCCCAGGAAAGCAACAUGGUACACCUUGACCCCCCCUGGAGACAGCCCCUGUGCUCGGGUUGGCCACAGCUGUUCAUAUUUACCCCCAGUUGGUGAUGCCAAGAGAGGGAAGGUCUUCAUUGUUGGGGGAGCAGAUCCAAGCAGGAGCUUCUCAGAUGUGCACACCAUGGAUCUGGGAACACACCGGUGGGAUUUAGCCACCUCGGAGGGCCUCUUGCCCCGGUACGAGCAUGCCAGCUUUGUUCCCGCUUGUGCUCCUCAUACCAUCUGGGUGUUUGGAGGUGCUGACCAGUCAGGAAAUCGAAAUUGCCUACAAGUUCUAAAUCCUGAAACCAGGACUUGGACCAUGCCGGAGGUGACCAGCCCCCCGCCAUGCCCAAGAACAUUCCACACAUCGUCUGCAGCCAUUGGAAACCAGCUGUAUGUCUUUGGGGGCGGAGAGAGAGGCGCCCAGCCUGUGCAGGAUGUGAAGCUGCAUGUGUUUGACGCAAACACUCUGACCUGGUCACAGCCAGAGACCCUUGGAAAACCUCCAUCCCCCCGGCAUGGUCAUGUGAUGGUGGCAGCAGAGACAAAGCUCUUCAUCCAUGGAGGCUUGGCAGGGGACAAAUUCUACGAUGAUCUCCACUGCAUUGAUAUAAAUGAGAUGAAAUGGCAGCAGCUAAGUCCCACGGGGGCAUCUCCCGCAGCCUGUGCUGCCCACUCAGCUGUGGCUGUGGGGAAACACCUGUACAUCUUUGGAGGGAUGACUCCCACAGGAGCACUGGACACAAUGCAUCGGUAUCACAUAGAAAAGCAGCAUUGGACCUUGCUUAAAUUUGAUACUUCUCUCCCCCCUGGACGAUUGGAUCAUUCCAUGUGUGUCAUUCCAUGGCCAGUGAUGUGUACUUCUGAGGAAGAAGAUUCCAGUUCUCUCACUCUGAACUGUGAUGCUGAGAAAGGGGAUUCCGCCAGCAAAGGAGUGACCCAAGGUGGUGACUCACACGAGGAAAGUCAGACUGACACACUGCUUUGUUUUGUGUUCGGCGGGAUGAAUACAGAAGGGGAAAUCUAUAGUGACUGUAUUGUGACUGUAGUUGACUAAUUCCACAUUUUUAUUAAAUGACAACUUUUCAGGGAAGUUAAAUGAAACCUUAGCUAUUUUAUACCUCCAAAAUAUUUUCUGCACUAUAUAUCCCUCUCUUACCUAAUUUGGGAGGCGAAGAAAUGGAUAGCCCAGUGCAAAAACCUCUAUUAUAUAAAGGGUUUUACCAGCAAUACAACUUAGGUGGUAAGUGUGAUUCGUCAAGAUACUGAUCACAAAAAUGUUGGAGAAUUAAGCUGUAGAAACCAUAGUGUGGACAUUUACAGGUUGAAGCCUAUCUUUCUAGUAUUCAUCUAGUAGCUGCUCUCCAGAAAGAGGUGCAGCCUGUUGGCAUGUGAGAGCCACUGGGGACAGGGAUGAAGACUGGCCCUUGUCUUUCCUAUCCACCUGCUAACCCCACAACAUACAGCACUGCAGGUCACUUUUAACCGUUGUAUUGAACUUGGCCUGAACACCCUUGGUAUUAUACUCCAUGCUUGUCCAAAUGCUUCUGGGGCACUGCAGAAGUGUGGGCCUCCGACUAAAAACAGUCAUGCCAUCAGGUUCCAGUUCUGACACGUUAGAAAAUUAACCUUUUAGCCCAUUGCCCACCCCAUAAAAUAUCUAUCCUUGGGCAGUAUUGAGUUUCAUAUCAGCACCAGAGAGCCUGCCCUUUUCGAUCAUGUAAAAUCAUUUAUCUAGAUCAUCCUUUUCCCUCAGGAAGCCAAUCCAAGUAAUCUUGAACCUCCCUUGAUACAAAUGACUACCUUUGAUCCACAGUUGUAAUAGGGCUUAAAGUAAUUUCUCACCAUCCUAGACCCCAACUCCAGACAACUAGUAAGAAAUUUCAGAGAUGAAGAUUCUGACAUAGUGGGAGUUUAAAAUAUACUUUUAUAAAAAAUAAUAAAAUACUUUAUAUCCUAAAAUUAUGAACUGAAUCUCAGUGUAUAAAGUUAACAUCAGUGAUCCAUCACUCAUAGCAAGUCUCAACGAAUUCUAGCAGCUACAAAGCAUUAUUAGUAAUAAAAAGCCCCCAGAAAGUUUUGUAGGUAAGGGGAAAUUGGAAAUUCCGACUAUGUUCAAGCAAAUUCUGCUCUUGGGCAUGUGAAAUGACUCUUGCCUAGGUAAGAAUGUUUCUUACCUUUCCCACCCCUAUCUUAAAUUAACGUUAGGGCAAGAUCCCUGAAACAACUAAAUAAAAAGGUUUCUUUACCUCAAAACCCCACCAAGUAAGAAUGUAACCUUGAAGCAACUGACUUAAUUAGAAGCUUAUCACAAAAAUUAGACCAGCGUAAAUAACAAACAUUUAUUGGUGUCACUUAUGGUAGAAAAAGUUCCUACACCAGAUGCGCAUGACCCAAUUGUUAAAUAGAACAUUUCCAAGAUGAACACACGCCCUAACUCAGCUUUUUUACCCACUUUUUAAGAUAGCCAAUUCUUCCUUCCCCCCCACCCCCAAGACAUGUGAGCAACUGCUAAUGAAAAGCAGUAAACAGCCACUUGGGCUAUAGCAUUUUCAACUCCACUCCAAGGUGAAGAUUCCAAUUACAUUCGAGACUUAAGUUCUCAAUUUUCUCCUAACGAAAGUUCCUGAGUCCAGUAUUUACAAUAUUACAGCACUAGCAGAGCAAUGUCUACAACUCAUCUUUAUCUGCUGGUUCCUCAUCACCAGUUGGGGGAGGGCCUGCACUUCCAUAGAGUUUGCUGAUAAUUGGCUGAACAAUUUCUUCUAGUUCCUUCUUUUUAGCUUUGAAAUCUUCAAUGUCAGCAUCUUGGUGACUUUCUAGCCAUUCAAUCUUUUCCUCUACGGCUUUUUCCAUGGUUUCCUUGUCUUCAGAGGAGAGUUUACCUCCCAGCUUUUCUUUAUCUCCAAUUUGAUUCUUUAAAGAGUAGGCAUAGCUUUCCAAUUCAUUUCUAGUAUCAAUGCGCUCCUUGAGCUUUUUGUCUUCCUCGGCAAACUUCUCAGCAUCAUUAACCAUCCUUUCAAUUUCUUCAGGUGUCAGGCGAUUUUGGUCAUUGGUAAUUGUGAUCUUAUUUUUGUUGCCUGUACCUUUGUCUUCAGCUGUCACUCUAAGAAUGCCAUUCACAUCGAUUUCAAAGGUGACUUCAAUCUGUGGGACCCCACGGGGAGCAGGAGGAAUUCCAGUCAGAUCAAAAGUUCCCAGAAGGUGAUUGUCUUUGGUCAGGGGUCGUUCACCUAGAAGGUAUACACACACACAAAAAACUUGUUAGGAACAACUAACAACAUUAGUCUUAUCUGGAUCCUUACACUGUUAGAGCCUACGGUGGCAAGGGUGUGUUUAUCAAGCUAGAAGAGGGUCAGUCAGUAUUGCUCUACAAGGAAUUUCAAGUGGGCCCAACUGUUACAUUACUACUAACUUUUUUUUUUUUAAUUUUUUUUUUCAACGUUUAUUUAUUUUUGGGACAGAGAGAGACAGAGCUUGAACGGGGGAGGGGCAGAGAGAGAGGGAGACACAGAAUCUGAAACAGGCUCCAGGCUCUGAGCCAUCAGCCCAGAGCCUGACGCGGGGCUCGAACUCCCGGACCGCGAGAUCGUGACCUGACUGAAGUCGGACGCUUAACCGACUGCGCCACCCAGGCGCCCCAUUACUACUAACUUUUAAUUGAAUUUCAUCUAUAGCAUUAUGAACUCUAUUCUUAUGGUAUUCGAGGAGCCAGCUCAGAAGUUACUUCUAAUGGCAAAGAAUGCUAGAUAGCUAGAUGAUAACUAUUAUUUUAGGACUGACUCUACCAAACUCAGCACCAGUUAAAUUAGGGACCCCUGUCUGAAACCAGCAGAUUCUUUCUUUCCCUUCUGUUUUCAAUACAAUAUAUUAAGAGGUCACUUUCCACAAACAUACCAUGUCAUUAACAAAGAUAGAGCAUUACCUUCAUAGACCUUGAUUGUAACAGUGGGUUGAUUAUCGGAAGCCGUAGAAAAGAUCUGAGACUUCUUGGUGGGCACCACGGUGUUCCUUGGAAUCAGUUUGGUCAUGACACCUCCCACAGUUUCAAUACCAAGUGUGAGGGGACACACAUCAAGCAGUACCAGAUCACCUGCAAAGGUAAAUUAACCAAGGUUAAGUUCUAAUUUGAGUCACAGGAGCACUACCAAGCAGUCUCCCCAUGAACUAUGUAACUUUAUCUUCUCCAUCUUGCCAUUUAAUGAGAGGUUAUAUGCAAAAUCAUUUCGGAAGCAGUAAAUUAAAUGUAAUUGCUAAGGAUCUUGAAACUGAGCCAGGUCUCGUCCUCACUUUACCCUUUACCAGCUGUAUGACCUUGUUAUACAUACUCUCUUGCUUUCUAAAGCAAUAGCUAAUUAUACUCUUUCUAUCAAGCUAUUGAAAUACUGUGGAAGAUGCUGUGACACUGACUUACCUGUAUCUUGAUCACCAGAGAGUACCCCAGCCUGGACAGCAGCACCGUAUGCUACGGCCUCAUCUGGGUUUAUGCCACGGGAUGGCUCCUUGCCAUUGAAAAAUUCUUUAACCAGUUGUUGAAUCUUCGGGAUUCGAGUAGAGCCACCAACAAGAACAAUUUCAUCAAUAUCAGACUUCUUUAAGUCAGAAUCCUCCAGCACCUUCUGGACAGGCUUCAUGGUAGAACGGAACAGAUCCUAGAAUAGGAAACAAUUACUGUGAUGAUGCCUAUUAUACCUAGAUACUGUCUAAAUAGCUAAAUACAGUGUCCCCAACAGAGUCUAACUAAAUCUCGUUAGCAAAGCAAAAAACAAGGAACAUACCAUGUUUAGCUCUUCAAAUUUGGCCCGGGUCAGAGUCUCAGAGAAGUCUUCUCCUUCAUAGAAAGACUCAAUUUCAAUUCUUGCUUGAUGUUGAGAAGACAGGGCCCGUUUGGCCUUUUCUACCUCACGUCGGAGUUUCUGCACAGCUCUGUUGUCUUUCCUGACAUCUUUGCCUGUCUUCUUUUUGUAGAGCUUGAUGAAGUGUUCCAUGACACGUUGGUCAAAGUCUUCUCCACCCAGAUGAGUGUCUCCAUUAGUAGCCACAACUUCGAAGACACCAUUAUCAAUGGUGAGGAGCGACACAUCAAAAGUUCCACCACCGAGGUCAAACACCAGGAUGUUCUUUUCUCCUUCCCUUUUAUCCAAGCCAUAAGCAAUAGCAGCUGCUGUACUAUUAACACAAUGAAAAAGAAGAAAAAAAAAAAAAGUUUAGUUAAGUUUACAUUAUCCCUAUUUGGCAAAUACACCAUACUUCUGAGUUUAACACUUACGGCUCAUUGAUGAUUCUCAUAACAUUCAAUCCAGCAAUAGUUCCAGCAUCUUUGGUUGCCUGGCGUUGGGCAUCAUUGAAAUAGGCUGGUACAGUAACAACUGCAUGGGUAACCUAAGAGAAUAACAAAAGAUAAUUAAGUGUAUUUUAUCACAUUGUUUAACUCCUAUAUGUUGCACUCAAACCUUCGCUUUAGUUUCUAACACAGUUUGUUAGAUACAACAUACAUCAUCUCAUACCACGGAUUUGCAAGCAUUAAGUGAUAACACGUGAAAAGUGCCUAGUAUUUUGUUUGGUCUACAGUAAGACAUACAAACAACUAAAACUGAAAUACACAGAUAUCAUUCAGAUUCUAAUUAUUAAACCAAUGAAGGCAUCUACGCAACACAAUCAAUCAAUAGUAAAAACAAAAUUACUUAACACUGUUCUAGAAAUAUUUACCUUCUUUCCCAAAUAAGCCUCAGCAGUUUCCUUCAUUUUAGUGAGAACCAUGGCAGAAAUUUCUUCAGGAGCAAAUGUCUUUGUCUGCCCACCUCCAAUAUCAACUUGAAUAUAUGGUUUAGUUUUCUUUUCAACCACCUAUUUUAAAGAAUGAAUUAUUAUUUUCAGACAGAAGAACAUUCAAAACUCUAUAAAGAGGAUGGUCUGAGGCCCACUUCCUCCCCCAUUAUUUGGUUUACUUUGGUUGCUUGGAGCUAAAUAGUGACCAGCAACACUUAAGGAGCAUGAGGAGUGCCUUACAAAGGCAAGCAUAUUCAGUUUCAAUCAGGCUACCAAUACUAACCGAUGUAGACCAAUAGUUACGUGUGACAUUUCUUCCUACGCCAAGCUUACUUUACCAAAUUUUGUAACAUAGUAAGAUUACUCAAUAAAAAUUAUUACAUAUACACCA